CUGACCUGUCGCUGUACCAUUCUGUGAGGCAAGGGGUGAAGGCGAGCAAUGUAAGAGUCAGGCUGAAGGUGUGUCGGGGUAUAAGUAUAUCACACCGAAUUGGAUUCAUUCACUAGAAAAAUACAUCCACCAUGGCAAAAUAAUAUCCCUGUAACACGGAAGAGACGCAAAGUCACUGUCGUGACCGCGAAGUUUUCAGUCAGGGGAAGGCAACGGUUAGCCUGGGAAGCUAGCUACUGUAGCUAACGCGUUACAUAUACUCGCUUUUGCUAGCAACUGACCUCCACAACACGGCGCAUUGGUCUAGUGAUCAAUAAGUUACCCAUUCCUUGUCGUCAGCCCCCCUUGUCUCCUGACCCAAAGUGGUGCCCUGCGUCCGGGUCCUGGGAAUAUGAGACAGAAUGAGUCAGAGAGAUACCCUAGUUCAUCUGUUUGCUGGAGGGUGUGGGGGAACGGUAGGAGCCAUCCUGACCUGUCCCCUGGAGGUGGUGAAGACCAGACUACAGUCAUCCCACAUCACACUCUACGUGUCUGGGGUGCAGCUCAGUACCGUCAAUGGGCCCAGCGUAGCACGCAUGUCCCCUCCAGGACCCCUGCACUGCCUCAAGUUGAUUCUUGAGAAAGAAGGAGCCCGCUCUCUGUUCAGGGGCCUGGGGCCGAAUCUAGUGGGUGUGGCCCCCUCCAGAGCCAUCUAUUUUGCUGCGUACUCCAGUGCCAAAGAGAGACUGAAUGGAGUGUUUCAGCCGGACUCCACACAGGUCCACAUGGUAUCUGCUGGCUUGGCAGGGUUCACAGCCAUCACAGCUACCAACCCUAUCUGGCUCAUCAAGACUCGCAUGCAGCUGGACUCCAGGAACCGCGGGGAGAAGCCCAUGAAUGCGUUUGAGUGUUUGCGGCGGGUGUACCAGACAGAAGGCCUGCGAGGGUUCUACCGGGGAAUGUCAGCGUCCUACGCUGGAAUCUCAGAGACUGUGAUCCACUUUGUCAUCUAUGAGAGCAUCAAGCGGCGCAUCCUGGAGGCCAAGGCAGCGCAGCACAUGGACGAGGAGGAGGAGGCGUCCAAGGACGCCUCUGACUUUGUGGGGAUGAUGCUCGCCGCCGCCACCUCCAAGACCUGUGCGACGUCCAUCGCUUACCCCCAUGAAGUGAUCCGGACCCGGCUACGGGAGGAAGGCACCAAGUACCGUUCCUUCUUCCAGACUCUGACCACGGUUCCCAAGGAAGAGGGCUACCGGGCGCUGUACCGCGGCCUCACCACCCACCUUGUGCGCCAGAUCCCUAACACCGCCAUCAUGAUGUGUACCUACGAGCUAGUGGUCUACAUGCUGAAUGGUUAACCUCUGACCCUUGACCCAAGAUGAAAUCCCAGAGAGAGAUGGGCCGACGUGGACGGAUGGCAUAAAGAGACCCCAGAGAAAUUAAACAGGAGAGGGACCAGAGACAGUCAUCUCUCCCACCUCCAGUCCCUCCAUCCUGUUUUUCUAAAACUAAAGCAAAUUGUCCCAAAAGCACCUGUUUUUUUGGGAUGGGGAGUUGGGUUAUUGUCAGGGGUGCACGACACAGGAAGAGGGGUUGGUAGACAGGAAAUCAAUGUUUGUUUUGGGGAUAUGGUUUAAAGUUGUUUAAAAAGAAGCUGUCUCAUUGAAAAUGAGCCCUUUCUCUCACUCUCUCUUUUCUUGCCCUCUCUUCUUGUCUCUCCUAAAUAAGCGCAUAGCUUACUGGAGCAGGUACAUUGGGGAGAGCACUCAAGCUAGUUUAGAGUCUAACAAUGCUAAUCAUUUAUCUGGUUUGUGUGUCAAGGGGGCAAUUGGUAGUAGAGGCUUGUUGAGUGCAGGGAGGUCUUGAGGUGAGGAUAGUGUUGGAGUGAGGUGGAUAGGGGAUGUGCCUUGCAUGACGACUUCAACUGACCUGUACAGAUGCAUAAUAAUGAUAUGUGGGGAAGCAAAGUUUAGACCAGCCCUGGUUUCUGGAUCUCAGUAGACCACAGUUGGACCGCAGGCAUUCAGAACCACACACAGUGCUGGUCGGGUCCACUUUGUACUCAGGACGAAGCCUGGUCCCCUCCACCCCAGUUGGACCGUAGGCAUUCAGAACCACACACAGUGCUGGUCGGGUCCACUUUGUACUCAGGGCGAAGCUUGGUCCCCUCCACCCCAGUUGGACCGUAGGCAUUCAGAACCACACCCAGUGCUGGUCGGGUCCACUUUGUACUCAGGACGAAGCCUGGUCCUCUCCACCCCAUUUGGUCAACAUGCACAGGGGGCUAGUCCACUCUGACAGGCCUAACCUAGGAGACUGGCUUGCCCUGACUGACAUCCUGACUAACACUAGACAUUGAUACUGGAAGAAACAUGCAGAAGUCUUUACUGUACGGCCUGGUCAGUGUGGACAGCACUUUGGGCUCUUUCUGUGUGCAUUCUGUAAAGUGAGUUGGGUGACCGUAAGUACCUCUGACCCACUCCCUCAGCACCCAGACUGACCAGAAUCAUCCGCCCUUUUUAACUACUUGAAUCUUAACCAACUCAAGGAAUAACAAACUAAAGACGAUGGGAGCAUUGUCUCGCGUCAGAAGCCAUCGUGCUAUCUGAAGUGAGACUCUGCUAUGAUAGUGAAACAACCACCAACCUUGUGAAUAUACUAAGAACAAAAAAAUAUUAACAGAAAAUCAAUAACUUAACAAGACAAUUUUAUACACUGAACAAAAAUAUAAACGCUACAAUUUUACUGAGUUUACAGUUCGCAUAAGGAAAUCAGUCAAUUGAAAUAAAUAAAUGAGGCCCUAAAUCUAUGGAUUCCACAUGACUGGGCAGAGGGCGCAGCCAAUCCGAAUGAGUUAUUCUCCAAAAAAGGGCAUUACCAGGUGGCUGGUCUCAGGCGAUCCUGCAGGUGAAGAAGCUGGAUGUGGAGGUCCUGGGCUGGUGUGGUUACACGUGGUCUACGGAUGUUAGGCCGGUUGGAUGUACUGCCAAAUUCUCUGAAACGACAGAGGCAGCUUAUGUUUGAGAAAUUAACAUUCAAUUCUCUGAACACCUCUAGUGGACAUCCUUGCAGUCAGUGUGCUAAUUGCACACUCCCUUAACGUGAGACAUCUGUGGCAUUGUGUUGUGGGAUUAUCUUGGUGAAUUAGAAAUGCUCACUGACAGGGAUGUGAACAAAUUUGAGAGAAAUAAGCUUUUUGUGCAUAUGGAACAUUUCUGGGAUCUUUUAUUUCAUCUCAUGAAACCAACACUUUACAUGUUGCGUUUAUAUCUUUGUUCAGUAUAAUAAUGAUUAAAUGGUAUAUAUUAAUGUCUUCAUAAGAUGUAACAUUGUUGAAUUUUUCUGCCCAGUCAUGGGAGCGUAAAACUAUAUGUUUUGGGGAAAAUUCAGGGUGAACCUCUGAACCCCCAAGGUUUCCUCUCCCCCUUAGACAAAUGUGUGAUUCUUUAUGCACUUUUCUGUAGACCUGCUCUGACCUACAAUUGCAUCUCUUAUUUCUCUGCCUCAGCAUCCAAGCAAGUGUUACAGAUGAGACAAUCCUCUGUCCAGUGUUCACUUUGGAGGUGUGUUGUUGUACAGUUUAGUCUGCGUGUGAGAAUAGAUGGGAUACUCGAGUGUAUGUGAUGCUACAUGCUACGGAGACCCUAUGUUUCUAUCUCUAUACUUUAUGCAGUAUAUGUGUAGUUAGAAGAAAAAAGACGGCGUUUCAAACCCGAUUUUCUAAAAUGUUUAAUUUUGAAACGUCUUUUUCUGGUUUGUUUUGUUUGAUUUCUAAUCGGACUGUUUUUCGAUGGAAAACAAAAAGAUGCUCUACCUACUUCGCCUCCAUUUUAUUUAGCUGUUUUUCCUGUUAUUUUGUUUGAGUUCUGUUUCAAAAUGACGAUGUUCAUCUCCUUGUCUACCUGUUGUUUACAUUCAGCUGUGUGUAACCAUAGACGCCCUCACAUACUGACCUUUCCCCGCUCACAUGAUAUGAGCACAAAGAGCCUUUCCAGCACAUGUAAGCUUCACUGCAGCCAUUCACUCAAAUAUCCACAGGUCACACUAAUGCUAGAAAUAAGAAUUAGGUUUAUAACAGUUCCUUAACAGAAAAUGACUGUAUUGCUACUCAAUAUUCACUCUGGAACCCAGAAAAUUAAGAGUGUAAUGACUGGAGCUGUAUUAAUAUCUAGAUAAAAGAAAACCAGCUACAGUUUGAGAUGUGUGCAUUGUUCAAAUGCACCUCUUCACUCUCCAUGCCAACAGAUCUGGGUGACAUGGCUGAGACAAUCAUGAAGGCUGUAGAAGCAACUAACAACCCCACUAAAACAACUAAGGCUGUAUGUAGUACGCACAUUCUAAAGAGGGUCAACGGUGAAGUCCGCUUGUGUUCCGCAAACAAAACAACCUGUACCUCUGAGUGACUACACCAAGGGUUUCAGAGCUCCCUCCUCAGGGACCACUGGACGUUUCACAUAUUUGUUGUAGCCCUAAACUGGCACACCUGAUUCAAUUAGUCAGCCAUCACCAAUUGAGUUGUGCCAAUUUGGGGCGCCAACAAAUCUAGUGGUCCCUGAGGAGAGGUUUGGGAAGUAUUACUCUACACCAGGGAUGGGCAACUUUGAUGGGGGUGGGGGCCACUAAAUCUGAACUCAUCAUGAGGGGCCACAUUUGCUCACAGGUCUGUGUACCUACAUCCCCAAAAAUAUUAAAACACUUAUUGCACACAGUGAGUCCAUGCAACUUAUGUGACUUGUUAAGAUAAAUUGGAUUCAUGCAGGGUAGUAACAUAAUGAGUUGGGAUUAUGGUUCUUUGUUUACCUAGCUAGCUACAUGUCUUAACAAAAGAAUCCACUAUGCAAGUAACCAUUUCGGGUGCGUUCGUAAAUUCAGUCUGGCCAUCUACUCUGAUUUCAGAGCACUAAUCUGAAUUGUGCCAAACUGCAGAAUAACUGAUGAAUUAACGAACGCUCAACACCCGUUGAAUAUGGUUGGUGUCUGUAAACGUCUGCAAACAAGCAUAAUGAAAUUGUUGCCAGCAGCACAGUUAGUCACCAACGCUCUGGAUAACAUGAAAACAGUCUAACCAGCUCUGCUAGGGCGAGUAAAAUGGUCAGAGUGGGGUGUUCUCAUGUUUGUCUAGAAGUAGCUAGCCAACUUUAGCUUGGGUGCUUGACUGCCGUUGAAUGUUCGGAUCAACCCUACUCCUCGGGCCGGGGCAUCCAGUGUACGCUCCGAGUGCGAAACACUCUGAAUUUAUGAAUGGACAGCACAGUUGCACAGUAUCUGGCAGCACAGUUGCACAGUAUCUGGCAGCACAGUUGCAGUCACUAACGCUCUGGAUAACAUAACAGCCCAACCAGCUCUGCUAGGGCGAGUAAUGUUCAGUGAGCUAUUCUCUCAUUUGUGUCUGGAAGUAGCUAGCAAGUCAGCUUGGGUGCUUGACUGCUGU